AUGUCUGAGAGAUUACCCCUUCCUUGGCUCCUCCAAAUGAGCAUUUACAAUGUGAAAAUUGGUGGUGAAAAUGUCAUCACUAGAGUUGCUGAUCGCGAAGCCACUAUGAGCCAUGGUAUCUCGGAACUAAGGCACGAUUUGAAGUCUGAUCCAAAUCCAAUUGUUGGAAUUGACGUUGUUAAUUCUGGUGAUUUAUUGCUCUUCUACGUGAAAAAACGUUGCCUAAUCAUUCAAUACAAUCGUAUUUUAUCAUUGAAUGAUAAAUAUCAAGUCCCAAGUUUUCUAGCCUCGUUUUUGCAAGACAAAAACAUCACAUUUGUUGGUCCUAGACACAUUAACAACAAGUCGUUCACAUGGAGUGGCGUUUAUCAGAAAUUCGAUUUUAAGACAGUGGUGGACGUUGGGUAUUUGGCUGCUCAGAUACGUAAGAAGCCAAGGCUUCUUACUAGUACACUAGAAGAAUUGAUGCUUGAAGUUGAUGUUGAAAUUAUGAGACCAAUUAUUGGUAAUGGCUCAUUGCGUCAUAAAUGGGAAUCGUCUGCGGUUCUAUCGGAGGAAGAAGUGAAAGUUGCAAUGUAUGAAGUCUAUUCAUGCUAUCAAAUUGCAACCAAAAUUAUUGAGGCCAUGCAGAUUGGGGCAACUACGCGUGGAUAGGAGGUGUACUGAAUUU